AUGGUGUUCGCUGCGCGGGGGAUCAUCGCGCGGCUGACUGCACCAGGCCGAGGGAAGUGCCGGCGACCUGCGCCAACUGCGGGGGGCCUCACCCCGCAUGCCACUCGUCUUGCCCGGUGCGCAAGGAGGAGGAGCAGAAUCGGCGCGCGGGCACGUUUGCCCGAACGGCGCCGUCUCGCCCCUUGCGCCGUACGAGGGAGCGAGCGAGUGGCUCUCGCUCGCGUAGCGAUCGAGCCCCGGGACCGGGAGCCGAAGACAGUGGUUUUAAAAACAUUUCUAGUGAACAGCUCUCGUCGCGGUAUACGGCUGACGUAUACCCCGUCGCAGCGGCCCCCCACAACCCCUCCCGCGCGGAGGAAAUAA